AUGAAGACCAACUUCACAUCAUUUGACAAUAUUGAUUUGAAAUUAUGUAUAGCAAUAUUUUCUGCUAUCUUAUUAAUAACUGGAAUUUUGAAGAAAAUUUGGGAAAUACGAAAGCUACCUCCAGGACCAUGGGGUUAUCCUUUCAUCGGACAUCUAACAUUACUUGGAAAAAAUCCUGCAGAAACCUUCAGUAAAAUGGCGAUUCAAUAUGGUGACAUUUUCUUCAUACGCAUGGGUAAGUGGCCGACUAUAGUACUAAAUAGUAAGGAGGCAAUCGACGAGGCUUUAACUAGAAUGCCUGAAAUAUUCUCCGAUCGUCCAAAAUUUUAUUCUAUAAACGCAAUUCAUAAAAUGAAAGGCCUUGUGUUUGGGGAAUAUUCACAAAGAUUGCGUUUACAUCGUAAAAUAGCAAGCGGUGUCUUGCAAGAAUUUGCGACAAGUAAAUCAGCCCCAACUGAGUACUUGGUGAGAAAGGAAUCAGAUAUACUUAUUCAAACAUGGAUGCAGUCACAAGACAAUGAAUUCAAUCCUAUACAUGAUAUUGAAAUGGCAGUAGGUGCUGUUAUCUAUCAGUUAUUAUUCGGUUCCGAUAUAAACUGUCAUUCGGAUCAAACGUUCAUUGAUAUGGUUAAAAACCUUAAAACUAUUAACGAAGGUGCUAGUGCAGGAAAUUUUGUGAAUAUGUUGCCAUGGAUACGAUUCAUAAUGCCGUCAAAAGUGAAACAACUCUUGGAAAGAUUGGAAUUGAACAAAAAAUUUGCUGAAAAGUGCAUAAGUGAGAGUCUACCAUCAUACGAUAAAAAUCACGAACGUGGUAUGGUUGAUGGUCUAAUUACUGCCGCAAAUAAAUACGCUGAAAAAGAAGUUCAUCGUGAUGGAAUUACAAGGGGUCAGAUCUACUCCACUAUACGGGAUUUCAUUGGUGCUGGAAUUGAUACAACCUCAAUAACAUUACAAUGGACAAUUCUGUUACUGUCUAUACAUACUAACGUUCAAGAAAAAAUGCAACAUGAAAUAGAUGACAUUCUUGGAGGACGGAAAGCAACACUACAAGACCAAGGGAGAUUACCGUAUGUGGAAGCAACCAUCUUAGAAGUAAUGCGACAUGGAACAGUUGCGCCACUCAAUAUUCCACAUUCAACAAGUAGCGAUGUUAAAUUAAGAAACUAUGAGAUCAAAAAAGGGACUGUUGUUUUCUGUAAUAUUUAUGGCAUAUUUAAGGAUCAAAAUAUUUGGAUUGACCCCAACACAUUUAGACCAGAGAGAUUCUUAAGCAAGAAUAACACAAUUAUACAUGAGAGAGCAGAUAUAAUAGCAACACAAUUUGGUGUCGGUCGUAGGCGAUGUAUAGGAGAUACUUUGUCCAAACGGGAACUCUUUUUAUUUAUAACAAGUAUAUAUCAAGCUUUGGAUACUAACUUGCGUUCUGAUCCAAGUUAUGGACGAAUAAUUAAUCUGAACUGCAAACCUACACCUUAUAAAAUACAAGUAAAUCAAAGAUAUUAAUAAUUAUUUCAUUUUAGUGUUAUUUCAGGAAGCUUUUCUAUAUCGAUUGGAUUUUUAAAAAAUUAAACCGUAUAUAUCAUUCAAGAGAUCAACAUAUCUAAUCAUUCAAUAGAAAAUAAAUGACUUUAAAGAAUGUGAAGCCUGGAAUCAUGUCAAGCUCAGAAACGCCCAAAGAUCUGGGAAAGCUGUGAAUAAAUUAUCAAAUAUCUGCCAACGUCACCAAAUUUCCUAUUUACAUAAAUCAUUCUGAUGAAAAAAUAGACAACUACUAACGUGGAACAAAUUCAUGAAUAUAUUGACUAAAUAAACUAGUUUUUUUUAUGUAUUUCAAAUUUGAAUUUCAUAACAUGAAAUCUGAUUCUAUCCUCUAAUUAUUCGUCACAAACACGUAUAUGUCAAGUAGGUAUGUCAAGAAUCAGCAACAUAUCUAUGGAUAUACAAUUGACAUUAACGAUAUCAUUUUAUGUUAAAAGAUUCUAUAUAUACGAA